AUGAGGCUGUGUUUUUUUUUCAUAUUUGAAGACCGUAUCAAGGAAUGGAGUACGACAGUCGAUAACAAUACAACUGACAUGCUAGAAUUUGAAAAUAAAUCUCUAGAGGGACUUGGUAUUAUCACUACCAAUGUAUCUAGUAUAGUUCCGGAAAUUAAGCACGGAGUUAUUAUAGUAUUCCAUGGAUCACCUAACACAGAAUAUUAUAAAGCUGCCAACCAAACUUCGAAAACAUUGGGUAUGAAGAUGGUUAGUAUCGAUCAACUCAUUUUUGAAGAGUUAUUGCAGAAUCAAUCCGAACACGCUUCUGAAAUAAAUAAGAAAAUAAAUGACAUUAUUGACAAUUAUGUAGUACCAGAAAGUGAUCCACUGGACGACGAGUAUGACGUGUUAGCUCAGAAGGUUGAGACAAUAUUGGAUGGGAAAAAAAUCGGCAAAAAAAAUAAGGACAAGAUGAGUGGUAAGAAAGAUAAGCAAAAGGGAAAUAAAAAUGAGCGUUCAAAAUCUGCGGAUGACGUAAAAAGUAAAGAAAGUAAUAAAUCAAAUGGAGACAAAUCAAGCACAAAAGCGAGUAAAAGCUCGAAGUCUACCAAGAGCGGGAAAACAGCACGUGGAAAUUCAGGUUCAACGUUUCUGGACAUUCAUCCUCAAACAUUUGCGAAUUUGCUAAAAGUCAAAUUAGAAAAAAUGAAACCAACGAUAGUAAUUGAAAGCUUGAACAGUGCAGGUGACAACGAAGAACUAUUAGAGAAGAAAAAAAAACCUGGUUCUGCUAUUUCUAAGGAGAAACUAUUAGAUGGUUCGGUGUCGGCAAUUUCGAAACGAAUUGCUAAGGAAAUACCCAAAUAUCUUGAGAGAGAGUUUGCACUGUCUAAUACUUUACUUUUGGAUAUUUGCGAAUUUGCUGAACAUUGGGACAGAAGACAUGGAGUAAUACUAAAGGCACCUCCGUUCAAUUCUGUUAAAAAUGAGAAGAAACAUAAAAAUGCUAAACAAAAGAAAGGAAGUCUGCUGCUAAAUUUUACCCCGACGGUAAUAUCAUCAGAUUUACAAGAAGCAGGAAUACCUAUUUUAAUUAUUAACAAUGCUGGAACUCAUAGAUAUCAAAAAAAUAUACCUCUAGUGAUACAAAACUUAUUAAAGAAAAUAUAUGAAUUAAAAUAUGGCUUGGAAGAACUAAACGGCUCUUCUACGGUUGCGAUCAAAGAGUCGAGUAUAAUGUAUUCAGUAUUAAAGAAUAUAAAACGAUUCAAACAAACUCAAUCCGAUCUUUUUAAAAUAGAAUAUUUACCUACAUCAUUAAUAGAAUCAUCUUCAACAGGAAAAUAUUCAGAUAUGCUUCUUCAGGUUAGUCAUACAUUACCAUUAAAUAAAUAA